UUUGUCCUUCACCUUCCUCGUCAUUCUCGUCACACCGGACGUGGUCUGAUAACGCGUCACAAAUCACAACACUACCAUAACCUUACGUGAAUUCACAGCACAACUUCAUUUGAAGGGCUACUCGUGUACUGAGACAAGCGAAUAAUAUUGGGUGUUCGUGUUCUGAAAGGAAGGAAAAUUUUCUUUUGUGUAUUCGUAGGAAGGAAAACUCAUAGUGGCCCAUGUUGUGGUAAUAUGCUUGACUGAUGUGUGUGUGGGACGAGCCGUGAGUGGUGAACAGGUACCCGUGAAGGCUGCUCACUUAGCGGAGUAUUUACUAAGAAAACAGGAGAAUAAUAUUAGACGAUUGUGUACCUACAGGAAUACCGUUAUUUAAAGACAACUACCACCAGAAGUGCACUUAAGAGUAGUCUGUUAAGAAGGAAGAGUAUAGUGUUAACCCUGCCUUCUCGGACAAAUUCGUCUUGUAUCAUCAUUCAUCUGGAACUGCGGAACACCACCGUGGACUGUUCCCGCUGGUCUAUUAACAGGUGGUGUGGUGAGAACAACAGCAGUCAGGAUGUCUGUCACACUAAGAACAGCCCCUCCUCCACCACCAAUCAGAAAAGGUCAUGUGCAAGUGUUUGAGGCAACAUCCAACUAUAAGGCUCAGCGGGACUGUGAGCUGUCCUUUGAGGAAGGAGAUUUGUUGUUUGUACUGGAUCGCAAUGAUCCCAAGUGGUGGUUAGCCAGCAGUAAUAGGAAGAAGGGCUACAUCCCAAGUGAUCUUGUGAGCAACGACAAUGUUAAAAUGCUCAUUGUGGAUGCUGCCAGGAGAGGUAACUAUGAGUUGCUGGAUGAGUGCCUGGAGGCUGGAGUGUCUGUCAAUGCCCUGGACAAGUCUGGUUGCUCUGCUCUGCAUGGUGCAGCUCAGGCUGGUCACAUGGAUUGUGUCAUGAGACUCCUUAAGGAGCCCAAGUUGGAGAUAAACCUGCAGAACAAGAUUGGGGACACUCCGCUGCACUGUGCUGCAGUGAGGGGUCACUGCGAAGUGUUGAAGGUGUUACUGAAGCAUGGUGCCAACCCUGAUUUGACCAAUAGGGAGGACCAAACACCUCGCACCUUGGCUAAGAGAGGCACCAUCAUUACGUUGCUUGACCAGGGCCUAGAAUAUGAAGAAACAGGACAUCAAGGUGAUGAUAUAGAAGACUCAGAGGAUUCUGACUGAAUGGUAAAAUUGUGAAUUAUUACCAGUGUGCCUUACGGAAGCCUUGUAUUUGAUCUGCUGUUGUUAGUUUUAGUUAUGUCAACAGACUAAUACAGUUUAUGCAUAUCCACUAUAAGAAGGGAAGUAGUGUCCUCAAGUAUAGUUUUCAUCCACCUGAUGACAAAUCAUCACAUCCCACAUUUGUGCACAAAUACAUUUCUUGUUGACACCUGAAUUAGGCUACCAUAAGAAGAUAGUGACAAUGAUACAUGAAUCCAAACUAUGAUAUGUAUUGUUAUGGUACUCAUAUCUGUGUAUGCAUGUAUGGUUUUAUGCAGAGCCUCAUUUUUCUUCCUCAGCUCUCCUUCUCCAUCCUCUCCUUUUAGGAUAAUCUGUCAUAUUGUAAGGCUUAAGCUGUGAAUGUGAACAGUUUUUUUCACUAUUCUGACAAAAGUAAUCCAAAUAUAAUACUUUAUAGUCAUGAAAAAUUUACUUAUGCAUGUCAUAGGUUUUGUUUUAUAUAUAUAUAUAUAUAUAUAUAUAUAUAUAUAUAUAUAUAUAUAUAUAUAUAUAUAUAUAUAUAUAUAUAUAUAUAUAUAUAUAUAUUGGCUGAUAUCAAAAUGAAAUGGCAGCAUUAUAGCAUUUAUGAUGUGUCUGGGGUUGAUUCUUGAGGUCUCGAGUUGGAGAGAUAGCCUAGGAUAGGGCCAGAGUCUGAAGGGAUUAGGUGGUUUUAAGCUGUUAGUAUACUAUCACUUAUAAUUAGCAGUAUAGUUUGGUAACAGAAUCCAGUUUCACAGAUGAGAUAAAUUUAAGAUAUGUUUGUAUCCAUUCAUGUUGAUAAUUUCUAAGACAGACAAACAGAAAUAUAUGAGUAUCACUGAUGUAACACACAGAAGGUGGGAAUGUAAGUAUGAAUGUAAUAUAUUGUAAAAGCAUUUUAUUAUGACAGACAUUUGAUACAACAUUCCUUUUGCCCAAGGGUUGAACUUUUGUGAUACAUAGAAAAAUAAGGUACUAUAACCUAAUUUUAGGUUUUAAGAUUCACUUGUCCACUGUGUUAUUGGUUAUUUGAGUGUUUUAUCCAAGUGCCUAACACAAAUGUGUAUACACAGUAUACACAAAAACACACACACACACACACACACACACACACACACACACACACACACACACACACACACACACACAC